AUGUUGGUUCCAUCGUACCACGACUGUCUCAAUCAUUGGAGCAACAGGAGCACGAUAUGGCGGGCUCAUUCGAAUUCCUGGCCACCUCCCACGCAUCGACUUCCACAAGCUGCCGGUUACAAGGGGCUCAAAGCAAGAUUCAAAGCCUCGAGUCGAAUAUCGUACAUUCGAUGGCGGUUCGAAGUCCAAACUUGCGUUGAGGAUAGAAGAUCAUCUCAGACGAUAUAUACACAAGACUGGCAUCGCUUGGUGUUUUUCCGAUACGACCAUCAUAGUGAUUCUCAGUUUCUUUAUACCACAACGAACCGCCAUCCGGGUUCAACCUUCUCGAGUAACAUACAACCCGCUCAACCUCCAGGGUCCCUCAAGAUCGAUUUCUAUCGGUGUUCUUUCAGGUAG